GUGAGCCCAUUUAGAGCCUGUGAUAUCGAAUCCAUAUAUGAUACAUAUAAUUUUUUUUUUACUUUUUUUCUAUUAUAUAUAUAAUUGUCUUAUCUCAUGCAUCUCUUCUGUCUCUAUUAUAUCUAUUACUUCUGUUUUGUAUAACUACUCUUUGUUAUACAUAACCAUUUUAGUUACUCUGGUUUGUUUUUUGUUCCUUCCCUCUCUCUCUCUCUCUCUCUAAUGGUUCUUCCUAUGUUUUAGGACUUUGAAUGAUCCAAAUUCCAAAUCCAUCUUGAUAGCCUCACCAUCUUGAUGGCCUCACUCAAAUCUUGAAGCUUUCCUUUGGGUUUUUCAUUUUCUUAAUUGGGUUAUUCUCAAAAUUUUAUUGGUUUUUUUUGUUUUUGUGUGUGCCAUUAAAUCUCAUUAAUGGCACAACUCCCUCCAAAAGUCCCAACCAUGACGACUACAACCACGCCGCAUUGGCCUGAAUUUUCCUCUCAGAAACUCCCUUCCAUCGCCGCAACGGCAGCGGCAACCGCGGGACAACAAAACCCUUCGUGGAUGGAUGAGUUUCUCGACUUCUCAUCGACUCGUCGCGGGACAGACCGGCGUUCAAUCAGCGACUCCAUCGCUUUCCUAGAUCAACCUUCCUCCGGUGUAGGAAGCCACCACUUUGACAGGUUUGACGACGAGCAAUUCAUGUCCAUGUUCAACGACGACUUACACCAAAACCACCACCACAACAAUAGCGUCAACGGCAAUGUUGGUCACACCCGUUCUUCUUCCAACACAUCUACACCGUCCGAUCAAAACAGCCUCCUCAGCGGCGAAGACAAUAAAGAACAACCACCGUCUGAUAAUGAUCACAUGGACACCACCACAGCCAAUGACAACAACGUCGCCGGUAACAAUUACAACGAAUCAGACGAGGUUCAAAGCCAUUGCUGCAAGACGGAGCCACAGGACGGUCCCUCAUCAACGAAUCAAGACUCCGGUAAAAGCUCUGGCAAUCGGAUUCACGAUCCAAAGAGGGUAAAAAGAAUUUUAGCAAAUAGACAAUCAGCACAGAGAUCAAGGGUGAGGAAAUUGCAAUACAUAUCAGAGCUCGAAUGCAGCGUUACUUCAUUGCAGACGGAAGUGUCAGUGUUGUCGCCAAGAAUUGCGUUUUUGGAUCACCAGCGAUUGCUUCUCAACGUCGACAAUAGCGCUAUCAAACAACAAAUCGCCGCUUUAGCCCAAGACAAGAUUUUCAAAGACGCUCACCAAGAAGCAUUGAAGAGAGAAAUAGAGAGACUUCAACAAGUUUAUCAUCAACAGAGCCUCAAGAAGAUGGUGGAUAAUAUCUCCGACCAAUCUCUGGCCGAUAUCAAACCCUCCGUUGAGAAAGAGCAGCUUCUCAGUGCCUAAAGCUAUGUUCCAUUCAUUAAUAUUCUCUUCACGGCUAAAAGAUUAUUGACUAUUAAACCUCUUCGAUUUGUGUAAAGAGAUUAGUUUAUGAUCAAAGAAGAGGGCAUUUUUAUCUAAUCUUAUCACAUUUCACUACAAAAAAAGUUUACAUUGAUAGCAUAUUGUCAUAGUUCGUUUUACUGAACUGCUAUCGUAGAUGAUUUAAAAAAAUUGUAUUAUAUAAUAGCAUUAGAUAAAUGCUAUAAUAGAGUUUUGGUAAACGGGAACCCAAAAUUAGAUUUUCUGCGAAACACUUAGUAAAAACGCUUCAAUAAUCAUUUUUCCUCGCUCAACUCCAAUUUUUCCCUAUCUCAAAAAGUAACCAAUAAGAUGCAAGUGCUAAGAUCAAUUUUCUUUUAACCACAGCCAUUGAUUAAAAUAAUCUAAUGGCUAAGAAUAAACAAAGUGAAAAUGUAUUUUUUCUCUAUCUCUUCUUAUCGUUCUUUCAUAUUCUCCAUCUCUAUCUUUUUUUUUCUUUUUUUUUGGUAAUCUCAUCUUCUUCUUCAUCCUGAAACAAAAGUUAUCACCAAAUCUGUCACAACCACCACCAUCAUCAUCAUCUAUAUCUCCUCGUUCUCUACCUCCUCCAAUGAAGCUGUUUCAACAACCAUCACCAACCUCCGCCGCUCCACCAUCAUAUUCAUCUCCCCCUCCUUAUUCUCUACCUCCGCCAUCAAACUCUGUUUCAACCAUAAUCACCACGAAAUCUGUCUCUAACACUCUUUUUAUCUAUCCUUUUAUCAAAGCUUCUUCUUUUAAAGAUGCAGAUUGAUGAAAAAGAUGAAGACAAAUUGGGAAGAAGAGAGCACGAAGAUGGAGUACAUGACUGAUGGCGUGGCUGAACAUUACGACCACCACCAUCGCAAUCUCUCCCAUCCGCUCGUCACCGCCACGUACGACCAACAUCGAGAAAGGAAGAAAGGAAGAGGACGGAUCUGAAGAAGCUGUGGUGUGGAGAUGGCAAAGGAAGGUCGCGGUGGUGGUGGAGAUGGAGCCUUGGAGGACGGGGAUGGAGGAGGAAGCGACGGAGGCGUAGAUUAGUUUAGGUUUUGUUUAUUAGAUUUGGUUUAGUUAGAUUUUGGUUUAAUCUGUUUUAAUUAGCUUUUGGUUUAAUGUAUGUUGGUUUACUUAAUUUUUUUAAUUUUGGUUUAGUAGUACAUUUAUUUGUAAAUUUAUUCUAAUUAAUAAUAAAUUCAAUUAUAAAGAUUAA